GCGUACAGGGUCGCAGUCYGUGGCGUGUGCGGUGCGGGAUAGGRUAGCUCAGGACAUGGUGGGCUCCAACGAGACCGGGAAAGAGUCAUGGCGGGGCCGCUACUACCGCCUGGAGGAGGUGCAGAAGCACAACAACAGCCAGAGCACCUGGAUCAUCAUCCACCACCGCAUCUACGAUGUCACCAAGUUUCUGGACGAGCACCCAGGAGGUGAAGAGGUCCUUAGGGAGCAAGCUGGAGGAGAUGCUACUGAGAACUUUGAAGAUGUUGGCCAUUCCACAGAUGCAAGGACAAUGUCAGAAUCCUUUAUUGUUGGGGAACUUCAUCCUGAUGAUAGAUCCAAGCUUCAGAAACCGACGGUAAGUGUGUUUCUUGAAAUGCCACAUUGUUUCUUGUAGGCAUUACAGACAGUG